CAAGGUGUUGUCGUACCAUGGAUAAUCAACCUCUACAACACCCACGACGUGAUUCAGCUCUUCAUGGAAGUGCCCCAUCACUCUUUCUGGGUCGAGGCCUCUCCCUCCAUGUCCGACGCGCUCAAGCAGCGUGUUGUCGAGGCGUAUGCCAAGCUACAUCGAGCUGGUGUACUGCACGGGGCGGUCGAAAAGAAAAACAUCUUCAUCGGCGGCGAUAGU